AUGCGUUUGAUGCACCAUUUCGCGGUUGUGGAGGAUGUUGUUCUCUUCGUCUCCCGCGACGUUCCUCUUCAGUGGGCUGUGCGUCGGCCUCCUGCAACGGCAAUUGGAGGGAACAGCUCAAAGCACCGAUGGAUGCUCCAGCAGUUGAACUAA